CCAGUGUUAAAUAAAGAUAUAUUUUGUCGUUGAGUGUAUGUUGUUCACAGGCGAUUGAAUUGUAGUGUGGUGAGCGGUGGUGGUGGUGAACUGGAUGUCAUUCGCGACCACGUUAAUAACUAUAUAAAGCUCAAACACAGGCCCAUUGUUAGUUACAUUUAAUUAGAGAACAUCAAACCGAUCAAUUAUAUUCGUCUCAUCUUCUCGUUUGUCGUUCAGUUCUUGUGCGAUUCGGUAAAAUGCUAAGACUUGGGCUGUUGGUGACAGCAGUCGGACUGAUAGGGCUGUGUUCAGGGGCGAGUUUGGAGAACACGUACUUACCACCGGGCGCAGGUAAUGCGGGUGGAGGACCUGGACUCAGAACGCCCUUCGGAGGCGGUGGAGGCGGAGGAGGAGGAGGAGGAGGCGGCGGAGGUCGCGGUGGUGGUGGUAGACUUGGAGGAAACGGAGGAGGUGGCGGCGGCGGCGGUGGAAACGGAGGAGGCGGAAAUGGAGGCGGUGAAGAAAUUCCAAUCAUCUCAUACGAAAACGUAAACAAUGGCGAUGGAAGCUACAAAUGGAGUUACGAAACCGGCAAUGGAAUAAAGGCACAAGAGGAAGGCGAACUGAAGAACGCUGGAGGAGAUGACGAGGCGCAAUCCGCUGUUGGAUCAUUUGAAUACACCGCCCCCGAUGGCACGGUCAUUAAAGUCGAAUAUACUGCUGAUGAAAACGGAUUCGUUCCUAAGGGAGAUCAUUUGCCAACUCCACCUCCAAUUCCCGACGAGAUUCUGAAGAGUAUAGAGGAGAACGCGGCCGCUGAAGCUGCUGGUGGCGGUAACGGAUAUCCUGGUGGAAAUGGAGGAGGCAAUGGAGGUGGUAAUGGAGGUGGUAAUGGAGGUGGUAAUGGAGGCGGCAAUGGAGGUGGUAAUGGACGUGGAAACGGAGGAGGUGGCGGAGGCGGAGGCAACGGAUACAGAUAUUAGAUAUAUAGGACGACAGCUGGAUAAAAACAAAGAAGACUCUCCAUGAUCUAUAGCUAAGCACUAUCUUCAUCUCGUUUUUGAUUUUAUUUAUUUUAUCAUAAGUUACCUGACAUACAGAAUUUUCACUGUAUGUGAUAAUCUUUAGUCAUAUAUUUUAAAUAACUUUUAGUACGAUGUUUUGUUUGUUAAGUUAGUUGACGACUGUGCUAUGAACUGGUUUACUGAAUCCAUUGUGAUUAUCUAUUUAUUUGUCUUGUCGAGAUUUUGAUAAGGCAACGUUGUCAAUUUUUUAUAUGUAUUCUUUGAUACGUAUAAAAUGUA